AUGCUCGCUCCUCCGCCUGCUGCUGCCGAUGGCGCCGCCAGCGCUGGCGGCGGCACUUGGCAAGGCGCGGCGGGCUUGACGGCGGGAGAGGCGGCGGGGAAUGCGGCGCAGCUGGCGGGGAUGGACGAGAGCAUGCAGGCGCUGCGGGAAGUGGUAGUGUGGCCGAUUAAGUACGCGAAGGAGGCCGCCGCGCUAGGCCUGAAGUGGCCAUCAGGUGUGCUGCUGUACGGUCCGCCAGGCACAGGCAAGACGCUAAUGGUGAGGGAGAUAGCUCGGGAGUGCAACGCACGGCUCUUCACUGUCACGUCGUCAUCCAUCUUCGGAGCAUACGCGGGGGAGAGCGAGAGGCGCCUGAGAGAUGUCUUUGAUGCGGCCAGGGGCGGGAAGGAUGGGGAGGGGGGACUGGGGGAGGGAGUUACUGAGGGAGGGGCAGAGGGAGGGGCAGAGGGAGGCGCGGAUUUGCGGCCGUCGAUUGUGUUCAUUGACGAGAUUGACGUGCUGUGCCCCAAGCGAGACUCCAGGUUGGUGGCUUACUCACAAGAAAGUGUGUGGCCUAUAACAGGCGUGCUUUAA